AUGCCGAUCACUCCAUGCUUCAUGUGGGAAAUCAAACCAAAGAGGUCGUCAAUGAUGACAAGAAAUUCGCUCGUUGCCCUGGAUGUGUCGCACUUCAGACCAGAGGAGCUGAAGGUGCAAUUGGAAGGACGUGAUCUCACCAUCGAAGGCCACCAAGAACUGAAGAGUGAACAUGGCUACAUCAAGAAGAAUUUCGUCCACGAAUUUCGUCUCCCCGAAGAUUGCGAUCUAGAUGCCGUACAAACCCUAAUUGACAACGACGGACAUCUUACCGUGGAAGCCCCGAAAACUGGCAUGCACACCAACAAAAGAAUACUUCCGAUCAUGCCGACUCACAAGAGGAAGGGAUCGAAACAGUGA